CCUUCAUACAUAAUUCAAAAAAAGACUGAUUCUAAAAAGAAGAUUACAGUAUAAUCUAUAAUCACUCCCUUCCCGUAUCAACCAAUCUCUAAUCUCUUCCCUUAAUUAUCUCUCUCUUUCUCUGUUACUGCCUCUCCCAUUCUUCCUUCUAUCUCACCUUUUCCCUCGCCGGAACUUGUCCGACCGAUCUUAUUCCGCCAUUCUUACCGGCGAUCCAACUCCGAUGAUUCCUCACUAUGAUCCAUAGCUUUCUCAAUCAACCAAUCACUCUCUACCACCGUUCUCCAUUACCUUCUUCACCUUCUUCUUCUUAUUCACUUUUUUCUUCGUUUCGCUUUCAGAUCCGUUUCCCUUUGAUUUCAAAAUCGAGGGAGAACAAAUCAUUCAUGGAUUAGGAUCACCCGAUGAAACGCUUUUCCCCAUGCAUCUCACAAAACCACUCGCUUCAACAAUCAUUAACAAUUUUUGAAUCAGAUUCUAGGGUUAGGGUUUGCUACGUAAUUUUGUUUCCACAAAAUGUUCAAGAAAAUUAUGAAAGGAGGGCACAAAAAGCCCUCCAAAUCCGACUCAAACGAUCCUCCUCCGUCUGGUAACAACCGCAAUUCAUCUGCACCUUCCCCCAAUGUUGUCGUCAACCACGCCUCACGUGGCGGCGCCGGAGGAACUUCUGUUGCUAGUUCUGCCGCUAAUUUCUCCAUGACUCCAGCCUCCGGAACAAUGGAACCGGUUCCUUUGUUCCGUGAUGUUCCGGUUUCUGAUAAGCAGAACCUCUUCCUCAAGAAGCUUCACAUAUGCUGCUUCUCGCUUGAUUUCACCGAUACGCUGAAAAACGUUAGAGAGAAAGAGAUCAAGCGACAAGCUUUGAUGGAACUCGUGGAGUUUAUCCAAUCAGGUUCCGGUAAAAUAUCGGAGAGUUCUCAGGAAGAGAUGAUAAGAAUGAUAUCUAUCAACAUUUUCCGGUGCUUACCACCGGCAUCUCACGAGAAUACCGGUCAAGAGCCUACCGAUCCCGAAGAGGAGGAGCCUUGUUUGGAGCCAGCUUGGCCACACUUGCAGCUCGUUUACGAGCUUCUUCUCAGAUACGUGGUUUCCUCCGAUACUGAUACAAAGGUUGCAAAACGGUACAUUGAUCAUUCCUUCGUGCUCAAGUUGCUUGAUUUAUUUGAUUCUGAAGACCCACGUGAGCGUGAGUAUUUGAAAACCAUUCUGCAUCGUAUAUAUGGAAAAUUCAUGGUUCAUAGACCAUUUAUUAGAAAAGCAAUUAACAACAUUUUUUAUCGGUUCAUAUAUGAAACUGAGAGACACUGUGGUAUUGGGGAGCUUUUGGAGAUUCUUGGUAGCAUUAUUAAUGGGUUUGCUUUGCCUAUGAAAGAGGAGCACAAGUUGUUUCUUGUAAGGGCUCUUUUGCCACUGCACAAACCUAAAUCGGUUGCUAUGUACCACCAGCAGUUAUCUUACUGUAUAACUCAGUUUGUUGAGAAGGAUUUCAAGCUGGCUGAUACGGUUAUUAGGGGCUUGUUGAAGUAUUGGCCUGUUACAAAUUGCCAGAAGGAAGUUCUCUUCCUUGGAGAACUUGAGGAAGUGUUGGAGGCUACACAAGCUGCUGAAUUCCAACGCUGCAUGGUUCCACUUUUCAAACAGAUUUCCCGCUGCCUCAAUAGUUUUCACUUUCAGGUUGCAGAGCGAGCCCUCUUUUUGUGGAAUAAUGAGCAUAUUGUGAGCUUAAUUGCUCAAAACAGGACUGUGGUAUUACCAAUAAUAUUUGAAGCGUUUGAGAGAAAUAUUGAAGGUCACUGGAACCAGGCAGUUCAUGGGCUGACUGUGAAUGUACGCAAAAUGUUCAUCGAAAUGGAUGCAGAAUUGUUUGAAGAGUGUCAGAGGCAUCAUACAGAGAAACGGGCAAAAGCCAAAGAUGUGGCAGAGCAGCGGGAAUUGAACUGGAAGAGACUGGCAGAAGCGGCUGCACAGAACGGCGUGGCAGAUAUGGUCACAGAUUAGUCUUGCUAGUUUUAAUGCCUCAGCUCUGGAAGUGUGAAUUAAAUAGGUGGAGGAUGAUGAAUAUGCUCCUCUUUUUCAUUUUGGUGCAAUUAUUUAUUGGUUUCUUUUUUUUUUUGUCAGCCUAAUUCUUUUCUCCUCUUCCUUCUCCUUAUUAUAUCAGUUGGAUAAUUAGCAUUUUGAAGAAAGCAGUGAUUAAUGUACUUAUUGAAGUUGUUAGCAAAUGUCUGGUGCUUAAGAAAUAUUUCUGUGAAAUACUUUCUUGUAUUUGUCCCUUUUUGCAAAGAUAAAUACGGAAGAUUUCUUUUGCUUUGUUUGA